UAAAUCUACAUUAAUUCGUGUAAUUAAAACCAUGCACAAAUACGUAAGUUCUAUUUUGAGGUUAAGCAGUAUCAAUUUUCUGCAAAAACGCAAUUUUGCAAAAAACAACAAAAUAUUAUUAAAUCCUGUUAAAAAUAUAUUGAACCUCGCUUGUAAUCAUUUUUGUACUAACGCCUUACCCGAAGAAAAUUAUGCACUUACUGAUGAGCAGUUAGAUUCAAUAACCAAAGGAAAUCCAGAGUUAUUAGAGAAAUUAAAUAUUUUGAUGCUAGAAGUUCAAGUUUUAAGACAAGAUGGGGAUAAAGUUCCUAAUUAUUCAUCAAUAAAACUAGAUCAAUGGGAAUAUCUCUUGUCAACGAGAUCUCGAUCAGCAAGAAAAAAAUAUCUAAAAUAUUUAUGGAAAAACGAAAAAGCAAAUGAAAAUGAGAAGGCAAAAAAAGAAGAAAUGCAAAAGUAUAGAGAAGAAUACUUUAAAGAAAGAGAUAAAGAAGCCAUAGAAAAUGAAUACAGAUUAUUCGGUAAUACAAUUUUUUUAAGAUUGUAUGAUACAACAGUGAACCAGUUUUUGAAUAAUAGACUUGUGCAAGCAAUGCAAUUUGGACAACCGCUAGUUUUGGAUUGUUCAUACACUGAGCACAUGACACAUCGAGAAUGCUUAAAUACAGCGAAACAGCUUAUGUUGUUAUUUGCUGCAAAUAGAGCACACGAUUUUCCUUUUGAUUUACACUAUUGUAAUGUUAAUAGGCAAGACCCGACCAUAAAACAACUCAAAAAAUUUAUAGGAACAAUAGAUGAGCCUUGGUUCCCAUUAAAUAUUCAUGAAGAUAGUUACUUAAACCAUUUUCCUAAGGAAAGAUUAGUUUAUUUGACACCACAUUGCCGAAAUAAUUUAGAAGAGUUCAAUCACGAUGAUGUUUAUAUCAUUGGAGCUAUGGUAGAUAAGACGAAUACUGAACCCCUCUCAUUAGCAAAAGCUAAGCAGCAAGGCCUAAGGAUGGCCCGUUUUCCAUUAGAUAAAUAUUUAGCUUGGAGUAAGAGUUCAAAAAGUUUAACAUUAAACCAAGUAUGUUCAAUAUUAUUAGAUGUCAGAAGUACUAGUGAUUGGGCACAAUCUUUAAAACAUGUUCCAACUAGAAAGAUUAUGUCAGAUGAAGAGUUAUCACAAUACAAAGGAAAGAGAAGAUUUGAGCGUAAAUCUCCAUUCUUAAUAGACCAAAAAUCACAAAAUGGAUUUGAAUCAUUUAGUGAAGGUUUCAAAAACUUAGAUAAUUACGAGAAUUUUACUAAUGAUUUAGAAAUGAAAAAAUAUAAAAAAAUCAAUAAUAGAGACUUUAGGAAUAAUAGCCAUAAUUACAACAAAGAUAUAGUAUCACAGAGA